AUGGACAGAAUAACGGUGACACUAGCACAAUGUGCAAAGUCAUGCAGGUACACCAAGAUUCUUGGUAUUGUACUAGUUGGGACAGAGGGACCGGUGAUUUUACAAGAGAAAAGGCAGCUACUUGGCCUUCCCAGGUUCACCAGUCAGCCAGAGUCGUCAUCUGUCUACAGAGGAAACAGUGCAAUCCUUAACUGUGAAGUCAAUGUUGACCUUGCACCAUUUGUGAGGUGGGAGCAGGAUCGUCAGCCGAUCUUUCUGGAUGAUCGUGUAUUUAAAUUACCCAGUGGAGCUCUAAUUAUUAGCAACGCUACCGAUACGGAUGGAGGACUCUAUCGCUGCAUCAUUGAAAGUGGUGGGACCCCCAAAUACAGUGACGAAGCAGAGCUCAAAAUUCUUCCAGAUCCCGAGGUGCCACAGAACUUGAUGUUUGUGAGGCAGCCCUCUUCACUUACUAAAGUUACUGGGCAAAGUGCAGUUUUUCCAUGUGUUGCCAUAGGAUUUCCAGCUCCAUAUAUCAGGUGGACAAGAAAUGAAGAAGAGCUUAUCACAGAAGGCUAUGAAAGAUUUCUUCUGCUUGCGGGAGGCAGUCUGGAGAUCCGUGAUGUUACGGAAGAGGACGUUGGGACAUAUACCUGCAUAGCAGAUAAUGGAAACGAGACGAUUGAAGCUCAAGCAGAACUUACCGUUCAAGUUCCUCCUGAAUUUCUGAAGCAACCUGCAAAUAUUUAUGCUCAUGAAUCUAUGGACAUUGUGUUUGAGUGUGAGGUGACUGGCAAACCCACUCCAACUGUGAAAUGGGUCAAGAAUGGAGACAUGGUGAUCCCAAGUGACUACUUCAAAAUUGUUAAAGAACAUAAUCUGCAAGUUUUGGGUCUGGUGAAGUCAGAUGAAGGAUUCUAUCAGUGCAUUGCAGAAAAUGAUGUUGGAAAUGCACAGGCUGGAGCCCAGCUGAUAAUACUUGACCUUGAUGUUGCCAUCCCAACAUUACCUCCCACUUCACUGACCAGUGCCACUAAUGACCAUCUAGCACCAGCUACAACAGGACCAUUGCCUUCAGCCCCGCGGGACGUCGUGGCCACCCUCGUCUCCACUCGCUUCAUCAGACUGACGUGGCGGACGCCCGUAUCAGACCCUCAAGGAGACAAUCUCACCUAUUCAAUCUUCUACACCAAGGAAGGUAUAAACAGGGAACGCAUUGAAAAUACGAGUCGUGCUGGAGAGACACAAGUGACCAUCCAAAACCUGAUGCCAGAAACAGUUUAUGUCUUUCGAGUGGUGGCUCAGAACAAGCAUGGCCCUGGAGAGAGCUCGGUACCCCUCAAGGUGGCAACUCAGCCAGAGGUUCAGCUGCCUGGUCCGGCACCCAAUAUCCGAGCGUACGCCAGUUCACCCACCUCCGUCACCGUCACCUGGGAAACGCCGUUGUCUGGCAAUGGAGAAAUCCAGAACUACAAGCUCUAUUACAUGGAGAAGGGACAGGACACUGAACAGGAUGUUGAUGUAGGAGGACUCUCCUACACCAUUAAUGGAUUAAAAAAAUACACAGAGUAUAGUUUCCGAGUGGUAGCUUACAAUAAACACGGUCCUGGAGUCUCGACCCAAGAUGUUGUUGUACGAACGUUGUCAGAUGUCCCCAGUGCUCCACCACAGAAUCUAACGCUGGAGGUACGGAAUUCCAAGAGCAUCAUGCUACACUGGCAGCCUCCUCCUGCAGGGACGCACAGCGGACAAAUCACUGGCUACAAAAUUCGCUACCGGAAGGUGUCCCGCAAGAGUGACGUGACAGAGAGCAUUGGUGGGACCCAGCUUUUCCAGCUAAUUGAAGGUCUCGAACGAGGCACAGAAUACAGCUUCCGAGUUGCCGCCUUGACUGUUAACGGUACUGGGCCAGCUACCGACUGGGUAUCAGCGGAAACGUUUGAGAGUGAUCUAGAUGAAACUCGUGUUCCUGAAGUUCCAAGCUCCUUACACGUCCGACCCCUCGUCACCAGUAUCGUGGUAAGCUGGACUCCACCUGAAAACCAGAACGUUGUGGUGAGAGGCUACGCUAUAGGAUAUGGCAUUGGCAGUCCUCACGCGCAGACCAUCAAGGUGGACUACAAACAGAGAUACUACACCAUUGAAAACUUGGACCCAAGCUCGCACUAUGUCAUAACUCUGAAAGCCUUCAACAAUGUUGGUGAAGGGAUCCCUCUCUACGAAAGCGCGGUGACCCGGCCUCACUCAGACACUUCCGAGGUUGAUUUGUUUGUUAUUAAUGCUCCAUACACUCCAGUGCCAGAUCCGUCUCCCAUGAUGCCACCGGUGGGAGUUCAGGCUUCCAUUCUGAGUCAUGACACCAUACGGAUCACUUGGGCAGACAACUCUCUGCCGAAGAACCAGAAGAUCACAGAUGCUCGCUACUACACAGUUCGCUGGAAAACCAAUAUUCCUGCAAAUACCAAGUACAAGACUGCAAAUGCCACCACUUUGAGCUAUUUAGUGACCGGGUUAAAACCAAAUACCUUGUAUGAAUUCUCCGUGAUGGUGACUAAAGGUCGAAGAUCAAGUACUUGGAGUAUGACAGCACAUGGAACGACUUUUGAAUUAGUUCCGACUUCUCCUCCCAAAGACGUGACUGUGGUGAGCAAAGAGGGAAAACCUCGGACAAUAAUUGUUAACUGGCAGCCUCCAUCCGAAGCCAACGGCAAAAUCACAGGAUACAUCAUUUACUACAGUACGGAUGUGAAUGCUGAAAUCCAUGACUGGGUUAUUGAACCCGUUGUGGGAAACCGACUGACCCAUCAGAUACAAGAACUGACCCUCGAUACGCCGUAUUAUUUCAAAAUUCAGGCCCGCAACUCGAAGGGCAUGGGGCCCAUGUCUGAGGCAGUUCAGUUCAGAACGCCAAAAGCUGAAUCCUCAGAUAAAAUGCCUAAUGAUCAAGCCUCAGGAUCUGCAGGGAAAGGAAGCCGCCCAGUGGACAUCGGACCAGAUUACAAACCACCGCUCGGUGGCAGUAACAGUCCCCAUGGAAGUCCUACUUCUCCCUUGGACAGCAACAUGCUCCUUGUUAUCAUAGUAUCCGUUGGAGUCAUCACCAUCGUGAUAGUGGUGAUAGUUGCCGUCUUCUGCACUCGUCGUACAACUUCUCACCAAAAAAAGAAACGAGCUGCCUGCAAAUCAGUGAAUGGGUCCCAUAAGUACAAAGGAAACUCCAAAGAUGUCAAGCCUCCUGACCUCUGGAUCCAUCAUGAAAGGCUGGAGCUAAAACCCAUCGAUAAAUCUCCAGACCCCAAUCCAAUCAUGACAGAUACCCCAAUCCCCCGCAAUUCCCAAGAUAUCACCCCAGUUGAUAAUUCCAUGGACAGCAAUAUCCAUCAAAGGCGGAAUUCCUACAGAGGGCAUGAGUCAGAGGAUAGCAUGUCUACACUGGCAGGAAGAAGGGGGAUGAGGCCCAAGAUGAUGAUGCCUUUUGAUUCUCAACCACCUCAGCCUGUGAUUAGUGCUCAUCCCAUCCAUUCACUCGAUAACCCUCACCAUCAUUUCCACUCCGGCAGCCUCGCUUCUCCAACUCGCAGCUAUCUCCAUCACCAGGUCAACCCGUGGCCGAUUGGCACAUCCAUGUCCCAUUCAGACAGGGCCAAUUCCACAGAAUCUGUUCGAAACACACCUAGCACGGACACCAUGCCAGCUUCCUCCUCUCAGACCUGUGCUGACCACCAGGAUCCUGAAAGCACCGCAGGGUCUUACCUGGCUAAUGCACAAGAGGAAGAUUCAGCUCAGAACCUCCCUACAGCGCAUGUCCGUCCUUCCCACCCGCUGAAGAGUUUUGCGGUGCCAGCGGUUCCUCCAGCUGGUUCCACGUAUGACCCUGCAUUGCCAAGCACACCAUUACUGACUCAGCAAGCUCCUAACCAUCCAGUUCACUCGGUGAAGACUGCAUCAAUUGGGACUUUAGGAAGAACUCGACCUCCUAUGCCAGUAGUGGUUCCCAGUGCCCCUGAUGUGCAGGAGACCACCAGGAUGCUCGAGGACUCGGAAAGCAAUUAUGAACCGGAUGAGCUGACCAAAGAGAUGGCCCACCUGGAAGGACUUAUGAAGGACCUUAAUGCCAUCACUACAGCAUGAUCACCUUCACCAGGAGAUGACUCCAAAACAGUUUCACAAGUCUUGGGACUCAGCCUUGGAACACAAGGAAUUGUACAGAGAAAAAAA